AUGAAGAGGAAGAGGAGAAUAAUUUCUAUCCUACACGAGGAAGAGUUCACCACUCAAAGCUCUGGACACAAGAUAAAAGUUCUCGACAUCCAAGGCGAUUUGAAGGUUACAGAGCAUCCAGAGCAUCUGGAAAAGGAGAAAUCAAAGGAAAGGUAAAUGAAGUGACAAGUGCUUUUUGUUUUAGGGAUCUUUCUCGAAGUUGGGUGGUUGGAUGCUUAACAUGGAGGAGAAAGGGGGAGGGGAGGGGAAAUACUCGCAAAUUUCUCAGACAUCUCUUUGAAAUUUUCAAAACACAUUUCAAGAUACCCUCUGACUGCGAUCGUAAGAUUUAUUCGUCGAGAUAAUACGCUUAGUACCUCUAGAUUCCGCAAUCUGGUCCUCUGUAUGAGUAGAAAGGGAUUUUUUGCAACAUACCGUACCACAUUUUAAUCAGACUAGGUUGAUUAGCCAGUGCAGGAUUAGAAUCUGAAUUCCAAUGGAACAGCCUAAUUUUUUUCAAUUUGGCCUCGUUCAAAAUCGACGGCCCUUCGGCUUCAUCAGGAUAAUGCUUUUUAAAAAAUAAUCCUUGACUUGCCUUUGGACUCACCUCUAUCCAGUUUGCACUUCGUUCAAACCCCUCAAUUACAAGCAAUUCACUUUGCGUUCCGUCGCAAAGCCACCAUGGAAUUAAACGGCGAACUUCCAAGAACAUAAUGAAUGAUUUGUGUUUAUAACAAAGGCUCUUUACUUGGUAUAAAUUAGUUUUCUAGGUUUGAAUAUACUCAAGAAAGACAAUGUAUGCAAGGACCCGCCCUUCUCCACGGGGAAACCAUUUCAAGAAUAAUUAGAAAGCCUGAAACGACUAGUUAUAUCAUAAAUAUCUAG